AUGAGAUACUCUAUAAUUAUAAUAAUAAGGUAAUAGAUUAUUAAUUUAUCCUUUCCAAGAAGUUUUCAGACCUCAGCCAUAUAUAUAUACAAACAAGAUGAUCACUUCCCUCAAAAUACGAAAACAUUACCUCUGUUUACCAUGACAUCUUCUUCUUCUCCAACAACUUUCACCGAUCUCCACCCACUCAUCAUCCAGACCCAAAUCUUACCACGACUGGAGGCUCAAUCUCUCUCCUCCGCCGCAACUGCAUCAUCUUAUCUACGAGCCCUCUGCGCCGAUGACAUUCUCUGGGCUGAUAUCUGCAAGUCCACAUGGCCGUCGUUAACCCACCCACGUAUUCACCGCCUCAUCUCCAGCUUCCCCGCCGGUCACCGCUCUUUCUUCCAAGACUCGUUUCAGCCUCCAAUCACCGUCGUCAAACCCCCUAACCACCAUCGUUCCCGGUCUAUCUCUCACCCAGACCCAGGUUGCUCCUUAACUAAUCAAACUUUUCCGACUGAACUUAUCUCGGCUGUGGACAUACGGUACCAUGAUGACAUCAUUUACUCCGGAGCCGAAUUCACCGACACUACAACCGAAUUUCUAUCAUCAGCGCUUAGGAUUGUGUUAAAGAAUGAUCCAGAAGUCACCGGAAUGCCCCGAUCCAUUGCCUUUAAUGUCGAAGACAUCGUAGACUCCGACGACGCAAUAAUAUUACACCUUCAAGAGUCUAUCACGCUAAACUGGAUCCUAAUCGAUCCGACCCUGAAACGAGCGGUAAACCUAUCCAGUAUUAAACCUAUUCUUGCAUGGAUAACUGACAGCAUCUAUCUCCGAUACGUCGUCGUUCUACCCGGAUGCAACUCAAAUGAAACGGUUGAAUGUAGAAUAGAGGUGAACUUAGGCGCUGGUAAAGGAGGGGCGGCGUUGUUCGUGAGGGAGGUUAUACUCAAUGUACAAAACGUGGCUUAUAAUCAUUUGAGCGGGAAAGACUUUUUAGUAAUUUUAAAUAGGACAUUCUUUAUGAGAAAGAUGUUAGUUGAGUGUGGAAGCGACAAAAUCAUAUGCGGUUUCGUGGGUAAUAGUUAUAUUAUUCUCAUGUUGUCGUUAGUAUUAUUAUCGUGCUUUUGCAUUUUUAUAUAUUAUUGUUAUGGGUGAGCAUAAGUCGGAUAUUUUUUUUUGGAGAAAAGCAAAGCGAAUCCGUAUAUUUUGGUUGUUGAGUUUUGGAACACAAUCAGUUUCU